AUGAUGGUCCCUAGAGCCUUUAUGUUCACCUCGGCACCGCCGCAGAAGCCCCUUCAAUCUGGCAUGAGGCCAUAUCCUUCGUCGGAGUUCCCCGGUCAUCGCCCCGCCACGAAGACCGAGACUCACAGACAAUCAAGCACCAACCCGGUGGUAAUUCCGCCAAAACGAGGCUCACGGAUCAUGUCAGCACAUCAAAGCAGUCGGUCUCGAACUCCUUCGAAAACAUCCGAAGUUUCUCGUCGAUCGUCAUCCAGCUCAUCUAAUGAACGCCACAUACCUACGUCAUUCACUUCGAUGCUAGAUGCGACGGCCAUCCCCGUACCACGACGAAACUGGUCUACUCGCAGGCCAAGGAAACUACCUCGCAGCAAUCAUGUCGAGGACUUCAACCGGAUGCUGAGGGAAAACGUCCGAUCCAAAGAUCACUUCCUCGAUGGAGGUAGCAACUCCCCUCUGGACAUUCUCCUCAGCCCGCCUGAUGAAGAGGACAAACUUCUGGGCAACGAGUCUGAACAAGAAAGUCCGUUGUCGCUCAGAUCGAUAUCAAGCGAUUCGAUGCCCUCUCUAGAACAUGGCCUCGCAUCGCCGUGCAGUAUACAUCUGCCACCCACCCCGGGCAGCCAGAAAAGCCCACUGGAAAGGCGCCAGCUUCGUUACUCCCACUCUGAAGAGUGCGGCUUGGACCAUCCUCUCCUUGAAACAGAUCUUGAUGACUGUGAAGUUAUUGAACUCAAAGACGAGAAUGAGCCCGUCACUCCCGACUCGACUCCCACGAAGCGAUCUGCCUCGUUCGGGACUUUCCCACGUCUGGGCUCUACAUUUAAGUCCAAUUUGACAGCAUCUUUACGGGCCAUUAAAUCCGCUGCACACUCAGUCUCGACAUUUGCCACACCCUCGGUUCAGCCAGAAGACUUCCUUACUCGGUCUCUUUUCAGUAUUACUCCAGAGUUGACCGAUGACCGCCGCCCACUUCCCAUGCAGGAAACACCGUCACCAGCAUUGCGAAGAUACCUCAACCCAACCCCGAUGUCUCCGGCUGAGAUGUAUGUUUAUCACGAUCACCCUCAUCAAACACCUGAGGCUGCCGGCGCGUGCCCUGUCUCCAUCCAAAUGCAGACAUACCGCCGAACCGGCGGCCGCAGCCAUCGCCGUAACAAUUUCCACAUUGCGAGCCGUGAUAAACGUUUCACUUUUGACCCAGAAGUCCCCCCAAUGUCACGCCAGCGUGAACCUCGGGAAAACAGUGAUUUCCUCCGUGUGGUUGUUCUGGAAAUGAACAUGCGUCGCUGCGGCAAACUCCGCGAUGACAUCCCUACUCGGGCUCGCGUCUGGCUUCCAGCGCGAAAAACCAACAAUCGUCUGUCAGGUCAAUACGACGAUGGCGACGACAAUGAGACUGUGCCCUCCCGUUGGGUGGGUGUCUCAGCUUAG